GGACCGAAGCCGCCGGCAGCAACGCCUCUCUGUUGAUGUCAUAUGGAAGCUGCUGUCCACAUAUAUAAACACACAAAGAGCAGGUCAUCCCUCCUUCCAGAGCAGCCGGGCCCUUUAUGGAUUAUAAUCCCAGAGAGGGAUCCGAGUCAAGACUGAACGGUGCGUGAAGAGUUAGUCGCGGGACAACAUGGUCGGACUGAAGCCCUCAGAAGUUCCUCCUCCGCUCGGGGUGAAGAUGGCGAGCGCCGGCGCGGCGGCCUGCAUCGCUGACCUGGUCACGUUCCCUUUGGACACCGCCAAAGUCCGGCUGCAGAUUCAAGGAGAGAAGGCUGCGGUGGAGGCCACCAAGAACAUCCGCUACAGAGGCGUGUUCGGAACCAUCAGCACCAUGAUCCGCACAGAGGGGCCCCGGGCUCUGUAUAACGGUCUGGUCGCCGGCCUGCAGAGACAAGUGUGUUUCGCCUCGGUCAGAAUCGGCCUCUACGACAACGUCCGGGACUUCUACACCGGCGGCAAAGAGAGUCCCGGCGUCCUGGUCCGGAUCCUGGCCGGCUGCACGACGGGCGCCAUGGCGGUGUCGUUCGCACAACCCACCGACGUCGUGAAGGUCCGAUUUCAGGCCCAGAUGAACCUGGACGGAGUGGCCCGCCGCUACAACGGAACCAUGCAGGCGUACAAGCACAUCUUCCAGAACGAGGGACUGCGAGGCCUCUGGAAAGGGACCCUUCCCAACAUCACCAGAAACGCUCUGGUCAACUGCACAGAGUUGGUCACCUACGAUCUGAUCAAAGAAGCUAUUCUGAAGCACAAACUCAUGUCAGAUAAUCUGCCGUGCCACUUCGUCUCCGCGUUCGGUGCUGGCUUUGUGACCACGGUGAUCGCCUCACCUGUCGACGUGGUGAAGACGAGGUACAUGAACUCGCCGCCGGGACAGUACCGCAGCGCCAUCAACUGCGCUUGGACCAUGCUGACCAAAGAGGGGCCCACGGCUUUCUACAAGGGGUUCGUCCCCUCGUUCCUGCGACUGGGAUCGUGGAACAUCGUGAUGUUCGUCUCCUUCGAGCAGAUCAAGCGCGCCAUGAUGGUCACCAAGAAGAGGAUGGAGGCCACCAACUGACCUCCUGUUAAAAAAAACCCAACAAAACAAUGACUUAAAAAGUCAUUUAUUUUAAGAAGUUCCUUUGUUCAAAAAGGGAUUUUAGGACAUUUUAUCUAAGAACAGUCUCGCUGGAUAUGUGUGUGAACAUCUGUGGAUGAACGUUUGCCUGUGACCACAAUAAAUUAUGGAACAUAAAUAUAGAAAUAUGGUAUUCACACAAACUUUUUCAAUGUCCUUAUUUUAUAUUAUCAUUUAAAAAAUACAUCUAGAAACUUUUGUCACUUCCCUCACAUUAUGGAUGAAUCAUUUAUCAGUGACUGUGUCGCAACAGAAACAGCUAUUAACUCGCACCAUACGCAUGAACAACACACGGACCAUGUAAAGACGACAUCAGCGCUUUAUUAUUAGUGUGG